AUGCCAUACCAUGUACCUGAGGGUACUACGCUGCAUUGCAUCGUCCUCCGCGAAGCGCUCCGUAAUACGGGGGGCCUUGUGGUGCGCAUGCAUGCACUUGCGUCCACGUUGAUUGCGCUCAUACUGCAGCAGCGCACUUGUCGGUACGGGUACAAGCACGAUGCCUCGUCCGGCCUGCUCGCAAACGCAGUCCGUGCAAUCCUUCCGCCCACCAGCAUGACCUUGACAUGCCAUGCCUUGGAUGAUUUGCAGGCUCGCAGCCCUGUCGUCCGCAACCGCCCCCCACGGUUCGCACUCUCUCCCCUCUCGUCGACCCGCCUCCCAACGGCGGAUGAAAUGCGUCGAUGCCCGCCCAACCCAUCCGAACCCAGUUUAUCGGGCCUUGCGUCCUUUCUUUUGCCUUGGCAUCCCUGUCCGGGCUCGACUCGAUCCCGUCCGUCCUCGCUCCGCCAGCUGGCCAGCCAAGCCAGCAAGCCUCCUGCAGACGUCCCCGUUCCUCGUCCUCGUCCUCGUACGGUCGUCUCGUCCCUGCGCCGCGACACCACCCCUGUCCUGUCCUGUCCUGCCAGCUCCGUUGGUGCCCCAUAUAUCUCUCUUGACGUUUUCUCUCGCCGCCAGGCCAACGCCUGUGUCUUGCUACACUGCGUCGUUUGGGAAACCCAACCCGUCUCUCCAAUCACGAACCGAAGGAGCCAAGGCCGAGCCUUGCACCCAGUCGCGGAGCUGGCCCAACUCAAGAGCCAGACGGUUCUCUGCCUCCCGAGGGCAGAGCCAUCGUUCAACAGCCACGGGGUUGGUCUGCUAGCCAGCCUCUCCGCCCCCGUUCACGGACGGUUCGCAUCCGCUCGAGGAGCCGGCAACGCCCUCCGCCUGGACAUCGGCUCCGCCCUCAAGUCCUCGGACGCAAAUGAGCCGUCGAUCCAUCCCCGCCACCAUCGCACCCCCGUACCGCACUCGCCAGCCGCCUCCCCAGCGUACGGACAGAUGACCGCUCAGGUCGCCCAACCCGUCGCGGCUGGCCCCAUGUCCAACGUAAGGCGCAACAUGCCCGCGCCGGAGCAGCCCGUCAAGAAGCAGAGCAAGUGGUCGCCCGAGGAGGACGCGCUCAUCAUCGAGCUCAGGGGGAGUGGCAUGAAAUGGGAGGACGUUUCCAAGCGUCUGCCCGGCCGGAGCGCCAUCAGCUGCCGGCUCCAUUACCAGAACUACCUCGAAAGACGAAGCGAGUGGGACGAGGAGCGGAAGAACAAGCUUGCGAGACUAUAUGAAAGAUUCAAGUCGGAAAUGUGGGCCAAGGUGGCCGAAGAACUGGCCGUGCCUUGGCGGGCCGCCGAGGCGAUGCAUUGGCAGCUCGGCGAAGCCGACAUGGCUCGACGAGCCGGCGUCGUGCCGUUCUCGCUCGCAUCCGUGAACGUCGAGAGCGGACAGCGGAGCGCGGCAUCGCGGCCGAGCCACUUCCAGCACCAAGAGAGCGUCGCCCGACACCUGACGCCACCCUCGCCUCGAUCCAUCUACGGCCGAAGCCAGCAGUCGUCGUUGCCCAUGAUGCCCGCCGGUCAAAUGGCUCGCGCCGAGGCGAGGCCUCCCCCACCGCCGCCCGCGACGGCACCGGCCAUGGCGCCCUCGAUGGCGUCGGAUCACGGAGAGUUUUACUACACGGCGGGACCGGGUCUUGCGCCGAUCCAGACCCAAGGACAGCCUCGCAACCCGGGCCCGCUGCCGAGCCUCGCCGAGUUGACGACGGGCGUCAGCCCCUACGGCGCACCCGCCGACAGACCGCACCUGGGCCCGGCAGGCUUGGCCCCGAAGCACGGGUCGAUGCUGCCCGUCGCGCCCGGCUACCAGACGGGCGAGCCGACGAGAACAAAACGACGAGCCAGUGUGGAACUGCCUCCGCGCGAGAACAACCAACGACGACGGCUCGUUUAG